AUGUCCUUCUCCAAGCAGACAUUCAACGUCGGUGGACUGUCGACCAACGUUUAUUCUUCGCAGAACACAGCGGAUCAUGCGAACCCUGUCGCCGUCCUGUUCAUUCUUCAUGGGAGGACUAGCUCUGCAGAGAGCAUCGAGUGGGUAGCCCACUCGACGCUGCGAUGGACGCAAGACCACCGCAAUGGCGAUGCUCAGAACGCACAAGACUUGUUUGUGGUCACUAUCGUGCGAUCGUUCUAA